AUGUUCCUGCAGAACAUCACCCACUCCUCCUUCAUCCUGCUGGGCAUCCCGGGCCUGGAAGCCACCCACCACUGGCUUUCCAUCCCCCUCUUUUCUAUGUACCUCGUUACCCUCUUGGGGAACAGCAUCAUCUUGCUGGUCAUCAAGGUAGAAGCCAGUCUCCAUAAGCCAAUGUAUAUCUUCCUCUCCAUGCUGGCGGCCAUUGACCUGGUCAUCUCAUCAGCCACGCUACCUAAGAUGCUGUUUUCCUUCCUGUUCCUUGACAGGGAGAUCAGCUUUGCUGGCUGCUUGGCCCAAAUGUUUUUCAUCCACUCGUUCUCUGUGAUGGAGACUACCGUUCUUGUUGCCAUGGCAUUUGACCGCUAUGUGGCCAUAUGCUCUCCGCUGCGCUAUGAAGCCAUCUUGACCAAUCAGAGGCUUUUCAAGAUUGGAAUUAUUGUGGUGGCCCGGGCCGUUGCUCUCAUCAUGCCACUCCCAGUUCUGGCCACAAAGCUGCCAUUCUGUGCAAGCAACAUGGUGCCCCACACAUAUUGCCAGCAUAUGGCCGUGGUGAAGCUGGCCUGCACGGACGUCACUGUCAACAGCCUGUAUGGUCUGAGCGUGGCCCUCUACGUGGGGCUUUCAGACAUUCUGCUCAUCUGCCUGUCCUACGGCAUGAUCCUGCGGACGGUUCUCCAGCUGCCCAGGGAGGCACGACUCAAGGCCUUCAACACCUGUGGCUCUCACAUCUGUGUUAUCCUAAUUGCUUUUGUGCCAGGCCUCUUCUCCAUCCUGACCCACCGCUUUGGGCACAAGGUUGCCCCCCAUGUACGUGUCCUCCUGGCUAACCUUUACCUGCUGCUCCCUCCCGCCCUCAACCCCCUCGUGUACGGCAUCAGAACCAAGGAGAUCCGUGAGAGGUUACUCGCCAUGCAGUAA